AUGGUCGUGUCGACCAUCAAGAAACACCCGGUGGCGAGAAAAAAGUGGUCGACUUUCGCACCAAUGGCAUAUCGCGAGAAAGGUGCGGCGCAAGAAGAGCUCCACUCACUGCGCGGAAAAUUGGACGAUCACAAAGGGAAGCGCGUGGCCGGCCAGGGGGCGCGGGACGGGAUUUUUUGCGGCGGUGCAUCGCCCGGCGACAGAGCGCCGGGGUCCGUUACGCGGCUCUCACAAGCCACGGUUAUAGCGGGCCAGCAAAAGGCCCACUGGAGACUGCCCGGGCACCGUCCCAAAGUCCGCUGUGACGCGUGCGAUAACGCGGGCCACGCCACGGCCUCCCGGCAUAAAGUCCACCUGAUUCCCAAUGCAAAACGCAGCGCCCGCACACCUAUC